UUUUUUUUUAAAAAAAAAAAAAAAAGAAAGAAAGAACAAAAAAUUAAAAUUCAAAAUAGGACUAUAUCGAAUGCGAAAUAUUACGUCGCUGGAAAAGAAAUGCUAAGAGAUGGUUUAAAGACAUAAGACACUUCUAGAUGCCCAAGCUAUGCCGAAGAAUCAUCGGACUGAAGAGACAAAAUAAAAACAUUAUCCUCUAAUCCUUCUCCGUUUAAUAUUUGCAUCAUGAAAUCACAAUUCUAUAGCCGUUUUUUUAUCAUUUUACCUUGGGCUCUGAUUGUUAUUAUUAUGAUCGAUAUGGAUACCAAGAGAACAUCUGCCCGAAGCAGCGGCCACUUUUACCUCUCCCGGUUGGGAAAUGCACGCCGGCAAGACCGGACAACCCGGAUUGCGUACAACGGUACGACUCAGCCAGUCAUCUACGCGGUAACACCUACGUACAGCAGACCGCAGCAAAAAGCAGAGCUCACCCGUCUGGCGAACACCUUUCGCCAGGUGCCCAGUUUCCACUGGAUCGUGGUGGAGGACUCUAAUGUGCGCACGGAGCUGGUGUCGCGCUUCCUAGCCCGAUCCGGACUGUCCUACACCCACCUGCACGUCCUCACGCCCCGCAGGUAUAAGCGGACCGGGAUGCCCCGGGCUACCGAGCAGAGAAAUGCCGCCCUCGGGUGGCUGCGUCUGCACCGGUCGCCCCAAGACCCCGGCGUGCUCUUCUUUGCAGACGAUGACAAUACUUACAGCCUGGAGUUAUUCGAAGAGAUGCGAUCGACCAGACGGGUGUCCGUGUGGCCAGUUGGGCUGGUGGGUGGCCGGCGGUAUGAGCGCCCCCUGGUGGAUAAAGGCAGGGUAGUGGGCUGGUACACAGGCUGGAGGGCUGAUCGGCCCUUCGCCAUCGACAUGGCAGGUUUUUGCGUGAACCUCCAGGUGGUGCUGGACAACCCCAGGGCGCUCUUCAAACGUAGAGGGUCACAGCCUGGCAUGCAGGAGUCGGACUUCCUCAAGCAGAUCACCAAGGUGGAGGAGCUGGAACCCAAGGCGGAGAACUGUACCCGGGUACUGGUGUGGCACACCCGCACAGAAAAAGUGAACCUAGGCAACGAACCCAAACACAGGCAGGACUCCAUCCAUAUUGAGGUGUAGCGGUGACCGGGGACCCCGAGAGGAGGACCUGCAGGCCAGGCCUGCUGGGCUGAAGGUUGUGCUCCAGUUCCUGCUCCUCCAUCCAGUCCCGCUCCCCCAUUGCCAGAGCAGAAGCUGCACACUCAGGAGCAGCAGCAGCACCGCAGACCUUCAACCCAUCAGUGACUUGGCCCACCUCCCAAUCCCAUUUGCUGAAGGGAGGAGCAGCUGUGGUGCUGAGACACUCUACGCGGAUCCAACAUUGCUCCCCGAUAGGGAUUGCAGAAGACAGGAGCAGAAACACACAGAAACCAAGAGCUUCCCACCCCCCAAAAAAAAUCAUUGCAAUAAAGGAGUCUUUAGACACAAUAAACACACCGCAUUUCAUGGCUAUUCACUGUUUAAUGCACGGAAAUAACAUUGUAUCUGACCGAGGCACCAGAGAAUGUAAACACAAUGUCGGGAACAAAUCAAGAGGACAAGGUGUGAGCUCAGCGAGGCCCCCUGGCUGCGUGGAGGGGGUCAGCGUUUGAGCAGCAGGCACCAAGAUUCUGUUGCAUGUCGAACCCCUACUCUCCCAGUCCCUAGUUCCCAGUCCCCCCUCCCCAAAAUUGUAACGCUGCCCCCCUCCACUCCACCAGAUCUCAGAACUCCCCCCACCCCCACCGAGGUGAAACUGGUUGUUCGGCUCGUUGACCGUUUGACUAGCUGAGCUUUCUCCUGUGACAGGAACAAUAAACUUUGAGGUUAAAAGAUG